CUCGCCACAAACCACAAACGCGUUUUUGCCUGCAGCUGCUGAUACGCCAGCCAGGCAGCAUGCCAUGUGCUAAGAAGUCAGACCCCGUCUGUAUUUAGCUAACUCGGUGCCGUGCUAUUCAUCAAUAAGACAAGCCUCGAGUUUGUCAUUUUGACUAUGGCUUGCUCCUGACCGACAUACCCGCUUAACCAACUCUCUGCUCUACAAACGUGACGGUAUGAGGAAUGGCGAUUCCCGUCCACAGCAACCCCGUCGGCGUCGGAAGUGUUGCUGAUAUAAACGGCGACAGCGACUACGGGUCUGACUUUUCGGUCGGCGAGGAGCAGCUGGUAGAAGAGAUACUAGCGAACCUUGCGUCUGCCAACACAACUAAAACCACUGAUACACAGCCUUCUGCGACGGCCAAAACGCCGGCGAGACAGGGUCACGAUGGAGAAACUCGUGCACCUGCCUCAGCCGCCCUUGCGCGUCAGUCGUCGCACAGGGCAGGCAACUCUCCUAGACUCACUCAACCCCUGCCGGCCAAGACCGAGAGCACCACCACCACAUCGCUUCUGGAGCAAGGUAUCGUAUCGUUGGAUUCAGUCAGGUACCCGGAUUUAAGCCGUGCGCUGUCUGAUCUAGAGCCCGAUAACCAGUCUGCUCACCACGAACUCCCUGCGACCGAAGAAGAAUCAGAUACCCGAACCCCUCUCCAGCGAUUUCGAACCGCCCCCAAACGCCCUUUCACCGUGUCUGACUUUGCAGCCGGGGUGUGGUGCGAGCUCCAACACUGGUAUACCCUUACUCGGCUUCCGGGUGGCAAGAAAACGGUGACCGUGGCCAUGAAAGGUGGUUCGCGAGUACAUCAAAGUCUAGAGGAUGAGAUACAUUCUGCAGUCCAAAUUAGUAUUGCCUCGAAGGAAGAAGCCUUUGCCCUUCGCCUUUGGAAUAUCAUCCAGGGAUUACGCACGCUAAGGGAUACAGGAAUUACAAGAGAAAUAGAGGUUUGGGGCACCGUCGAAGGAGAAAUCUUGAAUGGUGUCAUCGACCAACUAAGCCACACGUCUCCAAAUGCCAGCUUUGAGGAAGAAUUGAAUUCGUCCGCUUCGAGUCACCUUACACAGCAAUCGUCUAUCGUAGACUACAUGGGCUCAAGUCGCAAAAAAGUGUACCUAACCGACGUCAAGACGCGGGACUCAGAUAGAUUACCCACUGGUAAAGCAGUAACACCCGCGAAAGUGCAACUGUAUUUAUACCACCGACUACUUUCCAACAUGGCUGCAGAUAAGCUGGACUAUUCUGUUAUCUUUGAGCGCUAUGGUCUAAAUGGCGAGGCCCGUUUCUCAGAUGGCUUCAUAGCGCAGAUUGGUAGUCUUCACGAUGAAGUAUUCUAUGACGCCGAGUCCGAGGUGGAAGAAACGCCGGUUGAGAGAUCAUCGCCUGACCUCAUAGCGUAUCGGACCAUUUCCCAAAUUAUACCAUUACUCAAAGCUGAACUCAAAGAAACCUUUCCUCUCGGACCGGCGUCUAUUGGUAAUCUUCUCUCUGUUGAAUAUCGCCACCGCAGUGAUGGACGCCUUCUCGGUAAUAAUGCCUUUGCUACCGACGAGGAGGGGAUCGAUGAAUACAUGAAGUGGAGUCUUCAAUGGUGGCGCGGCGAGCGAAAACCUCAGGGUGUUAGCAUAGAAGAAACAUAUAAAUGUAAUUGGUGUGAGUUUGCUGAGAUCUGUGAGUGGCGGAAAGAUAAAGAGAGAGAAUAUUUGAAAAGGAAGAAGAAAGGCAAGGCAGUUUUUAAGCCUGUGUAGUCCCGGCUAUUCUAACCUUGCUUGCUGGUAGCCUCUUCUAGCCUUGUCCAACAUACUUUCGAUGAAGAAUGGAGCCACCAUUGAGGAUAUAGGCUAAGAAUUCAAGUGGCCAUGCAAAGAGAUAUAUGUAUGCCUAUAUAACACUAAAUGAGGGGUUGUAUUCUACAAUUCUGUCAACCAUGAACACCAUCUUGUUUGCGUGAAUAGUGGUAAUAGUUUUGCCUCGUGGAAGCUAACUUUUCACGUAGUUGCCUGCUUCGUGCCCUUCUGUAUGUGACGAGAAAUUGGGACCAGCUGCUAAUAUAGGUCAUUCCUCCAUCAGUAUUUCAUAUAUCACAUGCGUUGCCAAGCUUGCCAAUGCAUUUAGCCGCCUUCUUUGCUCCGUCGCUGUUUCUAUGAAUACGGAGGGAACCGACUCAAGGUCAAUUAUAGUGUUUAACAUGAAAUGCCGCCAUGAGAUAAGAAACCAUCCAUCACGGCGAGACCCGGCAAAAUGACCCAAGGACGAGUAGUGGUUACUGGGCUAAUGAGGGGGGGGACAAUUGGGAGGAAACCUGGUCGGCAAUGUAGGUUCCAUUCGUACCACCGGCUAGUCAAUACCAAAGCCUGCGUCUUUCAUAUAAGUGUAUAUCUAGGUUGGAGAUGCUACCGUUGCUGCUUUUGUAAGUGGGCGUGUUAGCCAACCGGUCAACAAGAACUGUUUAGAA